GACAUGCCAAAUCAGUGUAUGGUGUGGUCUGAUUCUCACAGUCACAUCCUGUAAACAGCAUGACUUUCAAGUGCAUGCUGGAGAUAGCAGAACAUCUUUAAUGUUACUGCAAUCGGUAAUUUUUCUGUAAUUCUGUCUCGUGUGUAUUGCCGCUUUUAUAUAUCACUACAUCAUUCUGCAUGUCUGCAGUGGCUCAAGAAAUAUUAGAAAGUUGUAUAUAACGGUUAUAGAAGUGCUAUAGGAAAAAAAGGUUUGAGCUUUGAAAGGAGCUGAUUAUGCAAUAAUGUAUGUGGCAAAGGACCUUGUGUCUGAAACUUCCGGCACAGGCCCCUGAGCCCUCAUCAGAUUAGUGGGUAUGGAAAAUGGAUGGGUGGGUGGUGUAUGGUAAAGGGGGCAACCUAUGAUGUCAGUUUGGGGGAACAAAUAACCAAUAUAGGGGAGCAGAGUUUAACAUCUAAGGGUGUGUGGUAUCAGAACAAAAAAAACUGGAAGGGGAAACUCAUGGGUGGUUUAGUGGGGGUGAGAUCAUCACUUCCUAGCAGAAGAGCUCGGUGAGACUCAAUCAGCAGAGCACAGUGAUCAAGGAGAGACAUGGACCGAUCUACUGUCCUGAUGGGCCGCCUGAUUCUGUUUCUGAUAUGGAGAGUGGGUUAUAUUGAAGUUCUGAAAGUGAUACAGAGUCCUUCCCAGUUGGCAGUACCAAUGGGACACGCAGCUUUCAUGUCCUGCUGCUGGGAGGAAAAUUCAUCUUUUACACGGCUACGACUUACAUGGAUUAAAAACUCUAACAAAACUAAAAUUGACAGUCGUCUUGUAUCGAACAACCAGACUGAAACAAAUUAUUUUAAUGAUUCAGUUGGUUAUAAAUUCGAAAUUUCUAGUAAUUGCUAUAAUAUGACCAUUUUAAGGGUCACUUCGAAAGAUGUAGCUUUAUACACCUGUGAAAUAAAGGGUGAGAUACCCAUAUUACAAAACUUCACUGGACCAGGGACACGUUUAAGCAUUCAAGCUGAUGAUCAAAUAAAAGCGUCGUCAUCAGGCAUCGGUGUUGCCGUCCCACUUGCUGCAGCUGUCAUGGUGCUGUGUUUUACCGUGGUCUUCUGCCUGUGGAGGAGAUGGACACUGCUAACAUCAGGUUUUGGUCAUCGUGGUGGCAUGGUUGUACGAGAGGCACUCCAGCGGUCAAUGGAGGAGAUGAAUGAGAUGGACGAGGCAGUAGAACAUCACUCUAACUCUUCCCGAGGGUCGGAACAGUGGUGUCCAGUUCAGCUAUACGAGUCCAUCGAUUACUUCAUUGUGCAGAACAACGUUGACACGUAACAGAGGGAGCUUCCUCCUGAAGGACCUGAACAACCUGGUAGAAGCUCUGCAGUUUGCUUGGGGUUAUCUGUGAUUGUUAGACAGUGGUCGGUCUGUCUAUACCUGGGUAAAAAGGCUCAGGGUAAAGCUAGCUAAGGCAAAAGGUGGCUGGUUUACACCACAGUCUCAUCAGAAUACUAAUUUGACCUUCACAAAUAAUCUGACUUUAGAAGUUUGAAAGUUGCGAUGUAUUAUUUCCAAUGCAACAGUCAGGACAGAUACAAGUUGAACAUUUGAAGGUUUUAUGGGGUUUCUUCUGCCUCUGAAUGCCUCAGUAUUUAAACAUGGGCAUAAAACAAUACAAUUAGCUGCUAUAUGAUUGUAAUGGUCAUACACAAAAUUUGGACAACAUUUCAAAGUAUUUAGGUGAGGAUCCACAGGUCUUUAUUCUUAAUUAGCUCAAACAGAGUAAUGGCUGAAGCCAAUGUGGGGAAAAGUGCCACGUAUAGCGACUAAUUAUAAAUCCUCAUCCAUUCUUGGGGAUGAUCUCAUGCUGUUUGCACCGUCUAGCUCUGUUGAGUGACGUGGGGUGUGUUGAGAAGAAACCAGCAAAUACCUGUUAAAGAUUCAAGCAUGAUAAUGCAAAUGCACUUUAACCUACUGCCAUCAAUAGCACUAAAUAGCCCGACACCCUUAAGUUCAAUUUAAGUAAAUAAAUUCAGUAAAUAUUUCCACAUCACCCCCCCCCCCCCCCCACCCUCACCAACACAGCAGCCCCAAGCAUGUAGUCUUAUUGCUCCUUGGGACAUGUGGAAACAGCUAAACUGCAAUGUGGAAAAUGCAAACUACAGAACCAAUGAAUCCUAUGACCAUGCCGGAGAUGGAGGUAGUAGAGAAGAAACUCAAAGGGGAUGCGUGCAAAGCACAGGUGGGGUCAUAACCACAGCUUUACCGGAUCUUUGUGGGUUUAGCCGUGAUACUUUAUGCAAAAAUAUUCUCUUUGCAGAAGCUGCCCUGUAGCUAUAAAGCUUGUACAGCCAGUUCCAGAGUUAUUGGCAACCCCCUGAAGACAAGUUAAACAUUAAUAUACUGUAUGAGAUGAACCACAAAUGCAAUAAGUAAUAUUUUGUGCUUCAACGAUGGUGCAAGCCCUGUUUUAUCUUAACACAAUUUAGUUUUUUUCAAACAGAUUAUUAUUUAGUAAUGCAGUUUUUAUGGAGGGAUCUUGGACCAUUGCUUCAUACAGUAUUACUCCAGUUCCUUUGAUAUUUUUGGGUUUAUGCUGGUGGAUGCUACUCUUCAACUCAAACUACAGGAUCUCAUUUGGGAAAUUCAAAUCUGGAGCGUGAGUUGCCCAUUGCAAAUCCAUGAAUUUGUGUUCUUGCAACCAUCUCUGUGUUGAUUACAAUGUGUUGCUAAAAUGUCCACGCACAGCCUAGUUUCCACCUUCUGUUAGAGGCAGAUAGGUUUUUGCCUAAAAUGAUCUUCACUAGAGCCCCUGGGCUGCUUGUAGCAAAGCAGUCCCAUAGUAUCUGCCAUAGUAUGUGACAGUGGGAACCAGCUGCUAUUGUUUGCAUGCAGCGCAUUCAUUUGUCAAGCAUGUUGGUGGUGUGCAUGACCAAGUAGUUCAGUCUAAUUUCAUGUGACAACUCCACAAUGCAAAUUGUAAAUACAAUGAUAUCUGGCAAACUUCAGGAGCUGCAUUUAAUGGUUUCAGUGUUAGGAAUGUCUUCUUUUGGGAAACUCUUCCAAGAAGCUUUUAAUGAUGCAGGCAAUGUCUGACAGUAAAUUCUGAAAUAUCACAGCCCCAAGAUUCCAGCAAACUGUGCUGUCCAAAAGCUGUGAUUUUAGGUUCUUUUAACCUCUCUCACAAAAAUCUCACUGUGUGUGGGGGCAGUAUGGUGAUGCAUCCUUUUCCAGGCAAAUUUUCAGCUGUUCCAUGCUUAUAAAUUUUGUGGUUAACAAUAUAUUUUUUAACAAUUCCUCAAACUUUCCACAGUUGUUACCUAAUUUGUAAAAGUUAACAACCUUUGAUCUCUGCUGGUGAAUGAUGAAGGGACUUUGCAUAUGUGUGAUGUCAUAUACGCACCCCAGGGAAACAGGAAAUGGUCAUAGACAACAAAUGAUAUCUUGUGCAACAGGAGCAAUAUAAAUAAAUUUUUUCACCUUCGAUGCAAAUUUAAAUUUAAUUGGUGAAUCCUCUCCUGCCCCUUCCCCACCUUAGCUACUGUGUGAUGAGCGUACUGGUGCAGAAUGGCUGCUGUCACAUCACCCAGGUGGGGGCUACACAGUAGUUGUGGGUAAAGUGGCUUCCCAUUGCUUCCGUAAAGCACUUUAGGUGUUUGAGAAGUGUGAUAUAUAUAUAUAUAUAUAUAUGUAACUUUCAUUAAUUUAUUCAUUCAUUCAUUCAAAUUUCCUUGGAGUUACUUGGGAUAUUUUAUUUGGUGCCAAUAAUUUUGCACCAAAAAUAAUUGAAAGAUUAAAUGACAAGCAAUUUCUAAUUUUUUUUUUUUACAUGUUUUGAGUCUUCUAUGGUUAUAUGCAUAAAUUUUUAUAUGCAUUGUUCAUUUUAUUGUUUUAAUCCCCGCUCCCUUUUUUUUGAGGGUUGCCAAUAAUUCUGCAGGUGACUGUAUUAAUUGACAUGGUUGAUCUGUGAUUCUCACUGUAUAAAAAUCAUGUGUCAUACCUUCAUAUGAAUAAAGGCUCUUUUUCCAGCAGUC